AAAGACGCCAUUGUCCACACGAUUACGUUCGGAAAGUACAGCAAAAAGCACAUCUGCAAUCUGAAGGAGUUCAAGGUGUACGGGGGCAUGAGCGAGGAGGGGAUGAUCAUGAUACUGCACAGUGGCCUCAACAACGACGAUGAGCUCGAGCAGUUUCCGGUGAUGCAUAAGGUGGGACUGAUGCAAAGCUUUUUAGAGUUUUAG